AUGUCCACGAGCGAGAAUUCUCCGGUGGUCGUCCGGAGCAAGUACUUCGCCGGUCCAGGUGUCCGAGUCGACGGCGAAUCACCGUCGACGAGCGCAGAACCGUCCAAUACGUCGUUCAAACAAAAAAAGAUUUUGGACGCGACGACGAAAAUCCAUCACGCCUCGCUAUCGGAAGCCGUCGACGCCGCGUCGAUCGACUUGGAGCUGUUCUUCGUCGACGCCAAGGUGAAGAACGCGCACGAGUUACAUCGACGACGAGCGCACGGAGUGUUGAGACACUUUCGCGGCGACGCGGCGCGGGUAGAGCCGCGCGCGCGGGACGCGGUUGACGAUGACGACGGAUUUGCAGACGAUUUCGACGUCGAGGAACACAGGAGGCGGAAAAAGACUAAGAAGGAAAUUAAACUAGAUUGGGAUGCGGAUUUAGAGACGCGGUCGCGCGCUGGGGACGUUUUGCAGAACAUGCUUAGAGAGACGCACCGGUUGCACGUCAACGCGAGCUGUCGGGUGAACACCAGGGCGCCCGAGGUGAAGAUCGCGCGAGAUAAUUUGACGGCAAUACGACGGGAAGCCAGGGAGUUAUAUAAGAGGAUCGAUCCGGAGGGGUACGAGCGCGAUCGCGAGCGGACGCGGAUGAUGGCGGAGGAGACGCAGGCGGCGUUGGAUUUGAAGGCGACACGGUUCGACGAGCCGCCGAAGGAUUUGAAGGAGCUACGAGAUAAGUGCCCAGUGAUGGCGGAGACGGGAUCGCCCCAUCAUCUGUGCGCACACUUGUGCUAUUAUCGAGAAUACGAGCCAGCGAGGCAGCUGUAUGUGUUGCGGUGUCGAUGCGCUGAGGCGAGCGGAACCGCCAAAGCGCUCGAUGGAUGGCGCGCCGAGCUCGCCGUGCGGCCAGCGGAUGAGAUACCCGCCGUCAACCGCUCGCGCGCGGACAUACGUGGAACGGCAUCCGGUGCGUGCUCGCUGAAACAUCUGCCAUGGAUGGUUGAGUUCAUCUCACCGUCGGGGAAUCGAUUCAAGGAUCCAAUGGAUGUUUUGAACUCAGUUCGCAUCGAGUGCGAUAAAUUGUCAUGGCCGCGCUCAAGUCACGGUGGCAACGGUAUUCGCGAGGCUCGAGUGAGCGAGGAAGGUUUGAACGAACAAACAGAGCUCUUGCGCGCGGCGCUGUGGAACGAAGACGCGGACGCGUCGAGUGGGACGACGCCCGUACGCGGAAGUUUUACGCGACGGUUCGAGCGAGAUCCCGAGGAGACACGAACGCCGCUUCGCCUCGCGCCGGACCCACUCGCGGAUGACGACGGGAAAACCGAAAUAAAUGACGACGAAAACGACGAUGAAGACGCGCGAAGGGCCGCGGCGAGAGACGUCGACGCGUUCGAUGAGGACGAGAUGGACGCUGCUACACCGCCGAUGACGCCUGAGCCAGCGAUGCGCGUCGUCGACGCAGCCCCUGGAAGCGGAAGUGGCCCUGAGCCUGUGCGCCUUUGGUGGGCGCCCCCGCUCAGUCCGUUCGGACUUCUCGAAGAAAUACUGUGGCAGGACGAGUGGAAACUCUUGGUUUCGUGCAUGAUGCUCAACUGCACGACGCGUCUGCAGGUGGACCGCGUGCUCUGGCGAUUAUUCCUCCUCGCCCCCACCGCGGCUGACGCCAUCGCCCUCGGAUCCACCCCCGAGGGCUUAGAGGCACUCGAGCGCGUCAUUGCUCCCCUAGGUCUUCACCGCAAGCGCACGGACGCCUUCGUACGGCUGUCCAAAGACGUCGAAAAGCAACGCGCGGCGCACGGAGGCCGCGUAAAAAAUGUCUCCGCCUGCCACGGCGUUGGCGUCUACGCCGCGGACGCCCACGCCCUGUUCGUCGACGGCGUCCUCGCCGGCCCACCGCGAGAUCACGCUCUGCGUUGGUAUCACGCCUGGGCCACCGAGCGUCGCGGACGCCACUGCGACCGCUAA